CUGCUCGUGAUAUUAAAGCUCCAAUUAUUAUCCAACUCUCUCAAGGUGGUUCUGCAUUCUAUGCAGGUAAAGGUUUGAGCAAUGACAAGCAACAAGCUAGCAUUAUUGGUGCUACUUCUGCAGCGCAUCACAUCAGGAUAGUUGCAAAAGAAUAUGGAGUUCCUGUCGUGCUUCAUUCGGAUCAUUGUGCCGAAAAACUCUUGCCAUGGUUUGAUGGAAUGUUGGAAGCUGACGAGGAAUAUUUUAAAAAACACGGUGAACCUCUCUUUAGUUCUCAUAUGCUUGAUCUUUCUGAGCUAUCGAGGACAGAUAACGUUAAACUCUGUAAAGAAUACCUGAAACGUAUGUCCAAGAUCAAUCUUUUACUUGAAAUGGAAAUUGGUAUUACUGGUGGUGAAGAAGAUGGUGUUGACAAUACUGAUGUUCAUAAUUCAUCUUUAUAUACGCAACCUGAGGACAUCUGGUAUGUGUAUAAAGAAUUGAGCGAAGUUAGCAAUAUGUUCACUAUUGCUGCUGCUUUUGGAAACGUUCAUGGUGUUUAUAAACCCGGAAACGUAAAAUUGUCUCCACAAUUGCUGAAAGAACAUCAAGAGUAUGUGCGUGGACAAUUAAAAUGUAAAGAAACAAAACCUGUGUUUUUCGUAUUUCAUGGUGGUAGUGGAUCUGUCAAAGCAGAGAUCAAGGAAGCUGUCAGUUACGGUGUUAUCAAGAUGAAUGUUGAUACUGAUACUCAAUGGGCUUACUGGGAAGGGUUGAAAUGUUAUUACGAAAGUAAGAAAGAUUAUCUCCAAUCCCAAGUUGGAAACCCUGAAGGCGACGAUAAACCUAAUAAGAAAUACUAUGAUCCUCGUGUGUUCAUUCGUGAGUCUGAAAAAUGCAUGGCUAAACGUGUUAAAGAGGCAUGUCAAGAUUUGGGGAAUGUUGACCGUUUAUGA